AUGACUUCGAUCGACGAAGUACAAAACAGCUACAGGCCGCUUUUUAUUGAUCUUGAGAGAAAGACUGUUUUCACAGCGGCAGAGGGUGUAAGCACAAAAGUUCAUAGUCUACUGCAAUGUACCGCCCGUGAAUAUUAUCACAUGGCCGGAUCUACCAGAUACCAGGCUGACCAAAGACGGCGGAAAAAAGAAAAUCAAAUUGAAUCAAUUGAAAGUGAGAUGCCAUCCCACAAGACAACUUUCUAUCAGUCAUAUACUGUCUAUGUUCAUUUUUAUGGCAGCAACAUUGAAAAAUUUCAAUUUUUUCUGUACUAAAAAAAGAAGAAAGCUGCUCCCAAUGCUACAAUCAAGGUG